AUGCUCAUGGCCCCAGACAGAGGCCCAGCCACUUCGGCUGUCCCCAUAGUGGUGACGGUUCUGGCUACGGUUUUCGUCGCGGCUCGCUUUUACACUCGGGCCUGGCUGGUCAGAUCUAUCAAACAAGAUGACUGGUGGAUUCUGGCAGCAUGGAUCUUUGCCGUGGGAUUUUCGACAUCGAUAUGCGUGGCGGUGAGGUAUGGACUGGGUAAACACAAGCAAGACAUCCCCGAUGACGACUUCAGCGCUCUACGGAAGGCCGAGUAUGCCUUUGCCAUCCUCUACAACCCAUCUCUCAUGCUGACCAAAACAUCCAUCAUCGUCUUCUUCCUGUCGGUGAUGAGCAAGGAUGUCGAUCCUGUCUUCAAAUGGUGUAACUGGUUGACUCUUGCUGUGGUCAACAUUGCCGGAACCGCUCUCACCUUUUUCAACAUAUUCCAGUGUUCGCCAGUGGCAGCAGGCUAUCUGUACCCUCAACCCGAAAAUGCCACGUGCACCGAUAUCGUCACACUGUACCUCUCUUCAGCCCCUCUCAACAUCAUCACGGAUAUUGCCAUUUUGUUGCUGCCAAUGCCAAUCCUGACCGGCAUGCGAUUGCCACGGAAGCAAAAGAUUAUCCUGGUUGCAACUUUCUCCUUUGGUGCCUUUGUCGCAGUCGUCGACGUUGUUCGCAUUGCAUACCUACAGGAAGCUUCGCUCAACCGACUAAAAGUCGUCGACGGUACAGGCGGGAAUCCAAGUCGCAUUGUUGAAGACAAUGAUUUCUCUUGGUAUGCAAGUUUGAGCUUCAUGUGGUCGGCUGUCGAAGUCUGCGUCGGCAUCAUCUGCGCUUGCGUACCCAGCCUGAAGCCUCUGUUUGCCCGCUUUUUACCAAGCUUCAUCAGAGAUGUGGGGGACGAGCUGACGUCCAGCAAUAGUAUUGACCUGGGAAAAUCAAAGGAAAGUGGUCGACCAACGGAUUUGCCCAGAGGCAAUGUGUCCAUGCUCAACAACCCGGCUGCGUUCAGAAAACCCGUUGUCAAGGAAUACUCAGGAGAGGAGGAUGGUGGCAAGAUGGGAUUCCUCAAUUUUUUGGCCGAGCCAAACGUGGGUGAACACGCUGGACCUUCGUUGGCAAACACUGCAACACUCACACGAAGCGUGACGGACAAGAGUGCCGUUUCAAAUUUUGGGUUUGUAAAGAUGUCGGGGAAACGCAACAUGUUGAAACUUUCCAAUCGACAAAGCGCCUGGCCGAUCGCAGUGGUCACGGUCAUCUUUUUCUUGUGGGGAUUCGCCUACGGGCUCCUGGACACCCUCAACUCACAGUUUCAGUCUCUGGCUAAAAUCUCUACCAGCAAGGCCCUGGGUCUUCAUGCGGCAUACUUCGGCGGCUAUUUCGCGGGGCCUUUGACCCUGGGUCACUAUAUCUUUCGCCGAUAUGGCUUCAAAGCAAUUAUGAUUGCGGGCCUGGCCGUCUACGGGUGCGGAACAUUAGUGUUCUGGCCGUCGGCAGUCUUGCUUUCAUAUUCAGCAUUUAUUGUAUCCAACUGCAUUGUUGGAUUCGGCCUUUCGUGCUUGGAAGUCGCAGCCAAUCCGUACAUCGCUCUCUGCGGACCGCUUGAGUAUGCGGAGGUCAGGCUGAAUCUUUCGCAGGCCUUUCAGGCCAUCGGUACAGUCUGUUCGCCGCUUCUGGCCACAAAAGUUCUAUUCAGGAGUGUGAAUAAUGCCCCCUCUCUAGUGGAUGUGCAAUGGACGUAUCUAGGCAUCGCUUUGUUCGUCUUCGCAUUGGCCGUUGUCUUCUACUAUAUACCGCUUCCUGAGGCCUCCGACGAACAGUUGGAGGAGCUCGCCGACCAACGCCAUUUGGUGUAUGCUGCCAAACUCGGUCCUUGGAAGGUGAUCUAUGUGACGCUCGGGCUCGCCGUCUUCAGCCAGUGGUGCUAUGUUGGAGCGCAGGAAUGUGUCGGAAACAAUAUACAGAGGCUGAUCACAACUGUUAAGCCAGCCUCAAGUCUCCGUCCAUUCGACUUCUCAACCGUGGGCCACACAGUAUUUGCAGUUGGACGUUUUGUGGCCGCUUUUCUCAACUACGUACUAAAGCCCAGAUGGAUUCUGCUGGGUCUCUACACGGGCCUCAUCGUCUGCCUGGCUCUUAGCAUGCGCCUGGAUGGAGACGCUGGGGCCGCCAUUGCGAUGCUCACCUUCUUCUUCGAGGCCGGCAUUUUCUCCAUCAUCUUUGCUGUCGCCAUGCGUGGCCUUGGGAGGCAUACAAAGGCCGGGUCGGCGCUGAUGACGGCUGCAAUAUCUGGUGGAGCUAUCUUUCCACCUGUUCAAUGGGCGGUUGCAAAUGGUUCCGGCACACGUUACUCGUACUGCGUCCCGCUGGCUGUUGCUGCCUUUGGAAUGCUGUUCGCGAUCUACCUCAACAUGAUCCCGCAGGCCGGAACACAAGUUGACCCAGUCCAUGUGGACCGGAUCAGACGGCGCACAGAACGGGGGACUGAGCGCAACAAGUCUACCCCUCGAGAAGACGAAGAUCUACAACGAUUCGGCCUAUCUGGUAUCAUUGCGCGACGGAGACGGAAACAGCAGCCGGGGUCGGCAUCUGAGGCACGUCUUGAACGGCAAAGCACACAACCGGAAGAUGCGCCAGACUCACCAGUGCUUACAAUGGACUUUGCGGAGAAGAAGAGUCACGUCUCCAAACCUAUGCCUGCGCAAAGGAAGCCAUCCAAAGGUCAUGUUGCAGAGCUGGCUCUGUGGCCCGUGCCUGAAGGCGAAUCCGAAGCCAAUCGUGGGCAGCCCGAUGCCGGUCCACGCAGAGACACGGGCUCUGCCAUCACAGGCCACACAAACAAUGAUGAAAUCGACGUGAUGAGCCGUCGACACCGACCUGUCUGGGAUGACUACGGCCAGGAUGAUGAUCUCGACGACUAUCAUGCGAUUGUGAGGAAGAUAUGA